AAUCGCAUUCGUGUGCUGGAGUCAGAGCGCGCUGCGGGGCAUUACUGCACCGCCACGGAGACUCACCAUCACUGAACCAGGAAUAGGGAAAAGGAAAAAGGCGUGAAAUAGUGCAGGAGGGGAUAACAGGGCGUCCCCUUUUUGAAAGCCACCUGAAUCUGUGGAAACAAAAAAUUAAAAGGAUCCAGACACUUUAUAAUAAAUACACGAACGCAGUGGAAAUCUCAAGCGACGUUUUUGGCCAGCACGGCGGUGAAAAAUGAAGGAUCGUACGCAGGAACUACGAAGUGCUAAGGACAGCGACGACGAUGAGGAAGUCGUUCACGUUGACCGAGACCACUUUAUGGAUGAAUUUUUUGAACAGGUGGAGGAGAUCCGUGGCUGUAUUGAAAAGCUGUCAGAGGAUGUAGAACAGGUCAAGAAGCAGCACAGUGCCAUUCUAGCAGCACCCAACCCUGAUGAAAAGACCAAGCAGGAGUUGGAGGACCUCACAGCUGACAUUAAGAAGACAGCCAAUAAAGUGCGCUCUAAAUUAAAAGCAAUCGAGCAAAGUAUCGAGCAGGAGGAGGGGUUGAACAGAUCGUCUGCAGAUUUGCGAAUCCGCAAGACGCAGCAUUCCACGCUGUCACGCAAGUUUGUGGAAGUCAUGACGGAGUAUAACACUACGCAGUCCAAAUAUAGGGAUCGCUGCAAGGAUCGCAUUCAGAGACAACUGGAAAUUACUGGCAGAACAACUACCAAUGAGGAACUGGAAGACAUGUUGGAGAGUGGGAAGCUUGCCAUCUUCACUGAUGAUAUCAAAAUGGACUCCCAGAUGACCAAACAGGCUCUAAACGAGAUUGAAACCCGGCACACUGAGAUCAUUAAACUGGAGAACAGCAUCCGUGAGCUGCACGACAUGUUCGUGGACAUGGCCAUGCUGGUGGAGAGCCAGGGAGAGAUGAUUGACAGAAUUGAAUAUAACGUGGAACACUCUGUGGACUAUGUAGAGAGAGCAGUUUCUGACACCAAGAAGGCUGUCAAAUACCAGAGUCAGGCACGCAAGAAGAAAAUUAUGAUCAUCAUUUGCUGUGUAAUUUUGGGAGUGGUUUUGGCAUCCACUAUCGGAGGAACCCUGGGCUUCUAAUCGACAUGAAGACAGAUUAACACUUGGAAAGCUGAGUGUUUUAUCCACUUAAAACAUGAGAUAAGGAAACUGUCUUAAAACGUAGAUUGGGUAGGGUUAAAAAUCGAAUAUUCAAAACAAACAAAAAAUAAAUAACAAAGGAGAUGUUACGCACUAGCUGAUUUAAAUAUAUACAAAAGUGGGUACAAAUAAACAUAAUAUUUACAAACUGUACAUGUAAAUGUAUUGAACAUAAAAGCAGCACAUGGGUUAUUACCUGUAAAGGAAUAAAAAUCAACUUUUGUUAUUAUUUUUAUUUUAUUAUUAUUAUUAUUAUAAAAAAAAUUUGCUUUCAUUUUUGGGGGGGCCUCCAAGACAGUGCCAGCAUCUGCUAAAUUUAUUUACCUUCCGGCAUAACUUGGUGUUUGGCAAACCAUACUUGCAUUAAGAAUACUUACAGUACCUAGAUAGUUAUAGAUUGUAGAACUAGUCAGAUUUCAAUGGCCUAAAGUGGUUGCUUAUAUUCAAAUGAAAUCUCUCAUUAUUACGUUGUUGGCCGAUUUAUCACAGAUCGUUAACAUCUAGUGACAUUGGAGUGCUACAGUGUAACAGCACUAUUAACCUCAUAGUCCUAAUCAUUUUUUGUGGGCAGCCAUAAACAAGCAGAGAACACUAAGAAGCACAUAAAUUAAUUAUUGAAAGAGCGUGACGUCAACAAGUUUGUACAUAAAGAUGAUUAUAUUUUUUGUUGUGGCCUUGCCAUUAUCGUCAUUUGCUGUACUUCUGAUAGUAGGCAGCGAAGGACCUGACGUUUCUCACUUUAAAUGUCGCCACACUUUUACGCAUUUAAAAAGUUACAAUGGGGGGAUAGCAUGGCAUUGUGCAAACUGUUAAACUAUGCAGUUUUGAUAGUGUUUUGCCCCUGCUUUUUUAAAUACAAUUGCGCUAGAGGAACUAAUAGUGAGGGAAGAAUUAAGAACGAGACAGUUCAGCGACGACAUUUAUUUGUCUGCGCUGUUCUCACGAUUUCUUACUUAAAAAAAAAAUAAGGAACGUUUUGAAAAAUAUAGUAGGAAAUGUCAAUACUUGAAGCAAUGCCUAGCCUAAACAUUACAUUUUGGAAGGUGGUUAGUUCUGCUGAAAUAAUCUUCUUAGUUUACAGCUCAUCAUUUGAUUACAACGUUUUUAUUUGCUUUGUUUCAUAAAUUGCAUAUUUAUUUAUAUUUAAUAUAAAGGAAAGGCUUGAACAGGACCAUUUGACUACAUCUGAGAUCUUGCUUGAUGGAGAAAGGCUCAUAAAAUGAUACAUUUUGCAAUUAGGGACAAGAUAGACUCUCUAAGGUCCCUUUGUUUAAUACUACAUAUCUGAAACACUAGACUGGGUCAAUACCGACCCUGAUGAGGAAUCUGACUAAAUAUUGUUCAGUGGGCACGUCUUCAGUCCAGUUGAAGAAACGUGUGUAUAGUAGGGUUUAUCUAUGGUUAUGUUCAACAAGAACUGAUCAAAAACACGUGUUAUGCUGUGACUAAAUAUGGAGACAAAUUCUAGAUUACAUAAAACCAAUUCAAACUCAAAUUUAGCUCUGAACGCCCAUCCUAGCAGAUCCGUUAAAGGGAGGCAACAUCUUGUCUGGGAUAUAACACUAGCCUAGAAUAAGAAGCUUCGAUUUUUGCCGUGCUUUUGUCCAAAGAUUUAGUUGAAAUACAAAUCAAACAGCUGUAUUAGUCAACAGAUUUUUUUCUUAUGAGUUUGUUGGACAGAAAGUGCCAGCUGGGGUAAUUAUGUACCGCUUUGAUUUCAAUUCAAGGGCUAAAAAUCCUAAACCAAACUUUAGCUCUGCUUUUCGUUUCCGUUUACACACGUUCAGAAUCCCUGUUCACUUGAUUCAGAUUACUCUCAGACUUUGCGAGAAUAUACACUUAGCCCUUGUCCUCAUUCUCAUUACGUUAAAAAACACAUACAACUGUACCAACUCUGAAAGUGCACUCCUUUUUUAAAAAACGUACUACUUAGCACCGAAUAUAUAACAGGAGCCCCCCCGCCCCACCACCCCUUUACCUACCCAAAGCAAAGUAGUAGGGAACAAGAAUUAAUUGGGGGUAAAUACUGUACACUUUUUACAAAGCCUGAGGCAGCGGGCCGGGACUAUUUUGCUUUAAUCAUUCCAGUAACGUCCAGCAUGUUUUCUUUGAAACUUCUGUGUAUUUAGUGUCAAAUCACUUACAUGUAUGGUAAAAUGAGGUAAAUAUGUAUGUCGGUGUUGUUUUUAGUAGAAGAUAUUGCUGGAAGGCCCUUAUUUGUUAACGCAUGCAACUUUCGCUUUGUUAGUUUGCAUGGCUCUCGAUCAUGUGUGCACUUUACAAUCAAAGAAAACAAUGUCUUAUGCCGCCACAUUUUUUGGGUUGUACUGUUCUUUGUUUCGUUAUAAUGUUUGUUUUUUUUAUUUACGACUGAUAUUACUGAUCACUAAGGGUUGGCUGGAUGGGG